AUGUGUGGCUGGAGUAGCGAAAGGGAUAAGAGGAGAGCGGAACCGCAGCAGAGCUUGGAACCGGCGGAGAGAGCCAGGAAGAUGCUGGCCUCCUCCCCCACAACUCCAAUUCUCCCCAGGAGCUUCUACCUUGAACGUGCCGGAGUCUUGAGCUGCUACGACGGUGAUGAUUUGGUGGGAGAGCAGGAUGACCAGCGGCACCAAGGAGGCGGCAGCGGGAAUGUUUGCAUUCUUUUGACCAGCUUAUCCCUGGAUUUGAUCCACCUGCUGAUCGACAACUUCAGCGUCCCCGUGGCGUGCUUCUCGCACCCGCCUUCUGCGCUGCAGCUGCUGCGACAGCAGGGAUUUGUGGACCUGGCCAUCACCAGCAUGGUGACCUUCCUGACCUUGGCAUCCGUGGUCAUCUUCAUGGAGGACGCUGUCUACCUCUCCAAGAAGACCCAUUGCUUCGUCAAGAUGAAAACUCUCAUCUGGAGCAACUCAGCGCCCACGGCCAUCUCGGUCUUCUGCCUGCUGGGACUGUGGGUGCCCCGGGCCAUGACGUACGUGGACAUGGCCAUUGGCGCCUACUUCGCCGUCUGCUUUUACCUGACGAUGCUGGUCAUGGUGGAAGGUUUCGGAGGGCAGGAAGCCUUGCUGGAGGCCUUGAAGGACACCCCCAUGCUGAUCCGGACAGGCCCUUGCUGCUGUUGCUGCCUCUGUUGUCCCCCCAUCACCAUGACCAGACGGAAACUCCGGUUAAUGCUGCUGGGAGCCUUCCAAUACACCUUCCUUAAAGUAUCCUGCACUUUCCUGGGCCUCGUUUUAAGCGUCGAAGGCUUGUACGACACGGCCGACAUUUCAGCCACAAGCGUGGCCCUUUGGAUCAACACCUCCCUUGGCGUGUCCACCCUCUUUGCCCUCUGGUCGCUGGCCAUCCUCUUUCGGCAAGCCAAAUCGCACCUUGCGGAGCAGAACAUGACGGGCAAAUUCGUUUGCUUCCAGGUCCUCCUCAUUUUGGUGGCCUUGCAGCCGUCCAUCUUCAGCAUCUUGGCCAACGGGGGUCAAAUAGCUUGCUCCCCACCCUUCUCCUCCAGAGCCCGAGGCCAGCAAAUGCACUGCCAGCUCUUGAUCCUGGAAACUUUUGUCCUCACGGUCCUGGGCAGGAUGUAUUACCGGAAGCCGGACGACAAGCCGGGAUGCUGCCUCCGCGAAUCUCCAGAGCACCAAGCCGAGAUCAAGCAGUAAAAAGGAGGGUCUGAGACCCAGCCCCCACCGCCCCCGACCACCUCCAACACAUAAAAACCCUGGGGCAAAAUGGCCAAAUUCCACUGUAAAGGUAGUCCUCAACUUACGACGCCCAAUUCAGGCCCAAAAUGUUAUGUCGCUGGGACAUUUGUGAGGCAAGCUUGAUCCCCAUUUUACGGCCUUUCUUGCCGCAGGAGUUAAGCGAAUAUGAAAGGGGGAAUCAUGGAACCAUCAUAAAUGUGAGUCAGUUAGCAUUUUUCCUGGCAGAAACCUCGGUCACCUAGCUACUAUCUUUGAAAACAUUGAUGGAGUGAACUUUCAGUUUCUAAGCUGCCGAAUUGCUCCCCCUCCUCCCUUUCUGAUGGCAACUCUAAAAAGAUCAUGGGAAUAUUUGAUCAGUUGACAUUAGCAUCUGAAUGUAAAUCAUGUGACCCUGAGGAAUGCUGCAACGGUUGUAAGUGUGAAAAAAGGUUGUAAAUCCCUUUUUCCAAUGCCGCUGUCACUUCGAAUGGCCACUAAGUGAACUGUUCUAAGUCCACGAAGAGGUUUGCUGCUGGCUGGUGGCAUGAGAGAGAGAAAAAUCAAUCUUUGCGGAGCGACGUUUGGCCUAUUGCCACAGGCACGCCUAUUGUUCAAAGUGCGCAAAGCUCGCCAAAUAAAUCUGCCCGUUUUUCUUCUCAUCGGAACGAGGCUCUUAAGGUGCCGGCCUGGUGGUCCAACUUUUGUGCUUAGGAACUUGCUGUUUGGGUGGGACAAAUCCUUCUGAACUAAAACGAGAAACUGGGA